UUUCCGCUCUCCUCCGACGAGGCGAUUCUCUCGACCGUGAGACUCUCGCCGAUGCAGGUGGCCCCUGCAAGGCAUUUAGUCAUCUCGACCGAGCGAUAGCGUACAUAUACAACGGCGCUCGUUGUCCGAUCACGAUCCGGACAUACGCAGCUUCCCUCUGCCCUACAAGUCGGCCGCCUUUGGCCGCUGGAAAUCCAACGCCUGGCGAUCCGGGACAUUGGGCUGUCUGUGCGGCUCGCCCUGCUGCACCGUUGCCGUUGGCCGAGCCCGGCGCCUUGACUGCGAUUCACCGCAGGCUGCAGGUUGGAGAGACAAGAUGGAUUUCGGAGGACGUCGACAACGACAUCUCGACGCAGGCGCCGGUCGUGAGGUCGUUUACUGCCAUGCCUGCACUAACGAGUGGUACCGCGACGAGCGAGGCUUGCAAUGCCCCGGCUGCGGCAGUGAUAUCACCGAAAUUGUGAGCCCGGAUAAUGACCCUCGAGAGCUUGACGACUCAGAAACGUCAUCUACCGGACCUCAUGAGUCGUACCCAAUGGGGAUCGGGAUGUUCGAAGGUGACGACCAUCACCAGACUCGCGGCCAGCACCACGACAUGGAUUCGGACCCCGACGAAGCUGAUAUUGAAGAGCAUCUUGGGCCACACGGAUUCCAUUUUCGCCGGAGCGUUAGAGUCCGCCCGGGCGAUGAGCACCACGAUCCCGCCGUGGACCCGGUGAUAGAACGCUUUCUCGGCAUGAUCCAGGAUUUUGCGCCCACGCAACGGCCGGCAGACGAAGCGCGGCCGGCACAUGCCCAUCCGCACAUUCACCGCGCGACAUUCAUGAACGGUAGUGGUAGCGCCUCCGUCACCAUCUUUUCCGGCCCUUCGUCUGAGUUUUUCGGGCCUGGUUCUCCUGGUCAUGAUCACCACGGUGACCUUUUUCAGACAUUCUUUUCUAAUGUCCUUCGGGACGUGUCACCCCCUACUGGAGGUCGAGAGGCGGGCGGCCCUACUCCAGGAUUUGCGAGGGGGCUGCAGGAAAUUCUGAACCUGUUUAACCCGGCACACGCCAUCUCUGGAGAUGCCGUUUAUUCUCAGGAAGCACUAGACCAGAUCAUCACGAACCUCAUGGAGGCGCAUCCGACGUCGAAUGCCGCGCCGCCAGCGUCGAGCGAGGCUCUCGCCAAUCUGGAUCGACGCCCGGUAGAAGAGUCCAUGUUGGAAAGCGACUCAAAGACAGAGUGCACCAUCUGCAUCGACGACAUGAAUGUAGGUGAUUCGGCUGCCUUCCUGCCCUGUAAGCACUGGUUCCACGAAGAGUGCGUCACCCUGUGGCUCAAAGAACACAACACGUGCCCGGUCUGCCGAGCGUCCAUCGAAAAGGCCGGCGGAAACGCCAACAGUACGAACGACCAGGCAAAUGCACGCGCCACCGCAACGGCAAGCGCCGGCCCCAGCUCCGAUGGUCACCCAACAGGAGAGCCUUAUGCGGCGGGAAGUAUCUUCACCCGUAGCUUUCCGCUUCCGAUUCCAGCAGCACGACCUCAGUACUCUCGCCCCCCGAGCCAGAGCCAGAGCCGGCUGAACGAGGCCAUGAGGAGCAUCUCAUCGUUGCAGCAAGAGCGGCAGCAGCAGCAAGACCGCGAGCAGGAGAGGCACCGCAUCUGGGGGGUCCCGUUGGACCGAGGAGGGGAACGGCAGCAGGAGCGCGAAAGGGAGAGAGACCGGCUAUGGGGAGUGCCGUCCAGCAUGGCCUACGACACCUCACGGAUGCAGCGCCGAAGCUCUCGAACUUCGGCUUCCCCUACGAGCCCUAGAAUGUCCUCGUUUGCAGAUUACAGAGUGCGUCCGCGCCAAGGCAGUCCGACCCAGAGCAGCCGCCGCGACGGGGGCAACAGUAACGCCAACAGUAAUGGCAACGGCAACGGCAAUGGCAAUGGCAAUGGCAAUGGCGGCUCUGGCUCUGGCUCAGGUGGCUCUGGUCAGCAGACCAGUAGCUCUGGACCCUUCAGCUGGCUCAGAGACAGGUUCUCAGGGGGAAGUUCUCGAGACGAUGCCAACCGUGACGAGCGCUGA